AUGUCGACAACAUUCUCCACCAGCACAUAUUCCUCUGCCACCAGCUCGCACACCACAUCAACACCCACCGGCACAACUAUCACAGACGACACAACAUGGGACUUCAGCAUCAAAGAAGAAACGAUCCGCAACGUCGCCAUCACUCUAGGAAUCACCUUAGGCGUCCUCCUCAUCUGCGCUCUCAUCGCUAUUGAGAUCAUGCGAAGACGAAUGAAACGCAUCAGACUGGAACGGGACGAGCUGAAGGACAAACUUCACAGCUACAAGGGUGUAACUAGUCCCUCGAUCUCAGCGAGGAGUGGAAGUGGCAACGGGUACGAGGCUGUGCCGUCCAGCGCAGUCGAGCAUUCGAACACAUCAUCACGAGGGUAUGAGGCGAUACCACCCAGCGCCAUCGAAAGUGGAAAAUAUGAAUAUCAACACUUAUCGCCGAGCGUAGCUGACUCGGGAGCUGUUUCGAGGGUCGAGUUGAGUGGCACGGAACCGAGGGUGCCGGUGUUUGCGCGGUAG